GGCAGAAAUUGUGACAAGGCUUUCGGUGCCGUACAUCACUGCCGAAUGCUAAAGAAAUUGGAAGCUGCGGGUGUUGAACAAAAAUCUCUGUUAUGGUUUCGCAGUUAUCUCAACUUAAGUGAUGUGAUCAACGCAGUAUCUCAUUGUCGUUUACUACUCUACGCUGAUGACUCGUGUCUCUACUCGUCUGGUCCUUCAUUUCAAUCAGCUACUACUGCACAACUUCAAUCAGACAUUGACAACUUGUCCGUUUGGUUCAAUAAGAACUUACUACAGCUUAAUGGUUUGAAAACAGAACUAGUGCUCUUCAAAAAGUUUCGUAACAAGCAAUCAAAAUCAGAAUUCAUUGUCAAAGUUAACAGUCAUCCACUUUCGCCGUCACUCAUGCAAGGUACCUUGGAGUCCAAUUUGAUGAAAACAUAAACUGGAAGUAUCACCUGGACUAUACCGUAAAGAAGGUAUCUAGAAAAGUAGGAGUUCUCCGGAGAUAUGGUCGCUAUCUCACGGAUGGGAUGCAAGGGCUGCCUACUU